AUGCAUUCAUGUCAAGUGUGCGAUAAGACGUACCAGACGCGUGGCUCCUUGACUCGGCACCUGCGAAACCAUUCCGUCCAUGAUAGCCAGCAUGUCUGUCCAACGUGCGGAGUGGCUUUCUCGCGCCGCGACCUCCUGCGACGCCAUAUUCGCAUCCAUCGCCUUGCGCGAAGCAACCUCAACACGCCCACGACCCUCAACGAUCCCGUCACGCCUGCUCCCCGCCGUCGCUGUCAUACGGCGUGCCAGCCUUGUCGCGAUGCGCGGGUGAAAUGUGAUGGAGGAAGCCCCUGCUCCCAGUGUAUCGCAUCACAAACAGAGUGCCUUGCCGGAUCACGCACCCGGCGUGUGAGCCGCGCCGUCGAUAAAGAAUGUCGGUACGAACAGUCUGCUCAUUGCGAUGAUGAGGAGGCUUUGUCCGGGGCAAGAGCCGAAACGUCCGUAACGGCAGCGCCAGACAUGCUUCACUCACCAGUCUCGACUGUUGAUGCACCGACAAUACCCUUCUUGGGCUCCGAGGAUCCGAUGCCGGACGUAGGCAAUAUAGACCAUCUGGCCGACAUGGACUUCAGCUGGACCGACUCUUUGUCGUGCACGACCAGUUCAUGGCCUUGGCUGCACGAGAGUCUGUUCUUACAGGGGAAUCCCGGCCUGAAUUGGACCAGUGACUUCUGCACCCUUGCUCCUGGUGAUAUGGUUCCAGACUCUGGCCGAGACAUUAUACCUCUCGAUGCGGCACAGCAGCUACCUUUUAUAUCCCCCCAGACUAUCACCUCGACGGCUGCAAGGAGUGAGGCCGAGUCUGGGCCCUCAUCACCAUCGGGGGCAGCGCCUGCAAAACCAGAGUCCCGACUGCAGGAAUCCGAAUCCCAGGGUCAAGCAGCCCUUCAGCAGGACCAGAUAGUAGAAGAGCUCGUGGCCUACGCGGAGAGGCAGAUUGCCACUCCAGCCUCCAAGCUCUCUCGAUCCUUGUUCUGGCAAUCUAUAUCGAUUCGAAUCGCAGAAGCAUUCCGCAUCGACGGUUGGGACUCACAUAGGUCCACGGCAACCUUGGAUCGCCUGAUGCAGAUUUACAAAGAAAGGUUUUCUCCGCUGUGGCCAUUGCUGAGUGGGAAGGAGUUUGAUUCCUGCGAAGUUCACCCCUUGCUCUUUCUGACUGUUGUUUCUAUCGGAUGCAUGUAUGGGACUACGCAAGAAUGCAGUCUCGGCAACAAGCUUCACGAACGCAUCCGUCGCUAUCUAGCUGGAUCUCUGAUUGGCCUUGAGGAUGCUGAAGGCGACAUACUUUGGCUGGGGCGAGCCCGGCUGUUGACCCAGGUCGCAGCUCUGUAUUUCGGGCAACGGCGGGCCUUCUCUUACGCGCAACACCUUGGUGCGAUAAAUAUCGCACAGGCGCGGCGAAUGGAUCUAUUCUCUACCGUGGGCCAUCCCGGCAAGACAGGAGAUCUUUCUCUCGAACAACAGACUGUGCGUUGGCAAAGCGCCGAGUCCAGGAAGCGUCUUGCCUUUGGAAUUCUAAGAGCAGAUGUCUUCACAAGCGUCCUUCUGAACACGCGGCCGCUUCUGUCGGCUGAAGAGAUCUACCUAGACCUCCCUGCCAGUGACGAGAUUUGGAUGAACCUGGAUACCAUUCCUAUGGAGCAACUCGCCUCGCGGCUGAAUGACGAGUCUUCGCGCGCACUGGGUCUCCCAUUCUGCGAUUUGGUUAGGAUUGCGAGUGACCGCGGGGAGGCUCUCCUUAACAUGAACCCAAGGGGCUAUGAGCUCCUGAUAUUCGGCCUCCAAGAGCAUGUUUGGCGAUUCAGCCACGACCGAAGCAUGUUCCCGCGUCUCAUCGGUCAGUCAGAUCAUUGUGUUGCCCAGAAAGAGAAUCUACCGUGCUCGCCAAACGGGCUUUCCAUCUCAGCAUCAUUACAGACGGACCAACUUGGUCGUACCUAUCGUGUCAUGAAUGAUCUUCGAAACGACCGUUGCCGCAUUACCGAAACCCUACAGCGAUGGGAGCAGAGCUUCACAGCAGCUCGCACCACACAAUGGUUCGGCCAAGACAGGACCAGCGUGAUGAGCAGCUUACUCCUUCUGUACAUCUCGUACCUGAGACUAUGUGUGCCCCUUGCUGACCUUCACUCGGCCGCAUAUAACCUCAUGGACCACAAACCUCUGGACCCAAAGAAGCUACAGACACUCCAGGAGUGGGCAAAGGGGCCAGAGGCAGUUCAAGCCGUCAAGCACGUAUGUCAGGUUUGGUCGCUGCUGAACCAAGAACGAUUUCGCUCCGGCACCGACAAGGCAAAGUACAACCUCCUUGCCUUUUCGGGCUUACACCACGCGGCCGUCGUGAUCUGGGCCUUUUCUGGGGCUCAUAGUAAGCCUGUUGCUGAAGCCGCCGAGCUUCCUGGAUGGAGCGAUAUGGCAGCAAUCCCCAUCCAACGAGACCGAACCCGGUCGCUGCUGCGGGCAGUUGUCAGUUUGUACAGGCACCUGAUACCAAGAGGUUGGUAUUCCUUUGCGGCCGUUGCAGAAAGCUUAGCUGCGCAGCCAUUUCCGGACUCUACUCGAUGA